AUGGCUUCGAUUCAAGAGGCUAUAAUCGGCAUCGGCCAGAGGAUAGAUGGGCAACAAGCCCCGCCUCAGGAUAGCGCACAAUAUGACUCUACUACGCCACCUCCUCCUCCACUCAAUCAGUCGAUUCUACACCUUGUACCGUAUGUCUUACAUAGUCAAACUGAUGCUACCCUACUUCCUGUCGUAGCACCCAUUCAAACCUCAGAGGAUGCACAUGCUCAUAUGGAUAGACUCAAGCAUAGGAUGAGACAAAUGAGGGUUUCAGAUGGAACUAUUAGUUGGGAUGACUUUGAUGGAGCACCGGUGGCCAAUUUACCGUUCCAUUUCAGGAUGCCAAAGAUUAAGAGGUAUACGGGCAUAGGUUGCCCUAAGAUUCAUUUGAGACUAUACAAUAGUGUGAUGAGGGCCUAUGGGUUGGAUGAGGCCCACUUGAUUAUGCUUUUUCCCAUGUCCUUGAGUGGUGUAGCACAACGUUGUUUUGCUUCUUUAGAUGCUCCACAUCGUAGGACUUGGGAUGAUUUGGCCCAAGAUUUUUUGAGACAAUUUGCUUUUAACACUGUCAUUGGCGUCUCAAUGAGAGAGCUAGAGGCAUUGAGACAAGGACCGGAGGAGUUGGUGACUUCGUUUAUCUCUCGAUGGAGGAAGAAUAUUGCACAGAUUAUUGAUCGUCCUUCAUAG